CCUGCGUCUCCGCUGCCUGCAGAUUUCAUUCCAGCCCAAUGCAGGGAAAUAAACAGCUUGGGGCUUGAAGCCGGUGGCCUCGGUGCUGGCGGGCUUGGCUGGGGAGCCGGCACUCUUAACCCAACACAGCCCUCCGGGACCCCCGCCCCGUCCAGGAAGCCCAGGUUUCUUCUGCUAUGGAGAGAGAGAUCCCCGUCUUACGAGUCCGGUCCCAGUUAAUGGAUUCUGACAUGGAUUAUGAAAGGCCAAACGUAGAAACUAUCAAGUGUGUUGUGGUUGGGGACAACGCAGUGGGCAAGACCAGGCUCAUUUGUGCCCGUGCUUGUAAUGCCACACUGACUCAGUACCAGCUUCUUGCCACCCAUGUGCCCACAGUCUGGGCCAUUGACCAGUAUCGUGUUUGCCAGGAGGUAUUGGAGCGCUCUCGAGAUGUGGUAGAUGAUGUUAGUGUGUCCUUGAGGCUUUGGGAUACCUUUGGAGACCAUCACAAGGACAGGCGCUUUGCUUAUGGAAGAUCUGACGUUGUAGUAUUAUGCUUCUCCAUUGCUAAUCCCAACUCGUUACACCAUGUGAAGACCAUGUGGUACCCAGAGAUCAAGCACUUCUGCCCCCGAGCUCCUGUCAUCCUUGUAGGCUGCCAGCUUGACCUUCGCUAUGCCGAUCUGGAAGCAGUAAAUCGAGCUAGGCGACCUUUAGCCAGACCGAUCAAACCAAAUGAAAUUCUCCCCCCAGAGAAGGGGCGAGAGGUGGCCAAAGAGCUGGGGAUCCCUUAUUAUGAGACCAGCGUAGUAGCCCAAUUUGGCAUUAAGGAUGUCUUCGACAAUGCCAUUCGAGCUGCUCUCAUCUCCCGCCGGCAUCUCCAGUUCUGGAAGUCUCACCUGCGUAAUGUCCAGAGGCCGUUGCUCCAGGCCCCUUUCUUGCCCCCCAAGCCACCCCCACCCAUCAUCAUUGUUCCUGACCCUCCUUCCAACAAUGAGGAGCGUCCAGCCAACCUGCUGGAGGACCCCUUGUGUGCGGAUGUCAUCCUGGUGUUGCAAGAGAGAAUCAAAAUCUACGCGCAUAAGAUCUACCUCUCCACCUCCUCCUCUAAGUUCUACGACUUGUUCUUGAUGGACCUGAGUGAGGAGAGCCAGCAGGGGAUGACAGGAAGCGGCACCGGGGCUGGUGUUGCUGAGCGGACCCUCCAUCAGGAGGAGAGGCAUCACCAUGGCCGGGAAUUCCUCCUGAGAGCUGCUAGUUUUGAUAUCUGUGAGAGUGCUGAGGAAGCUGGCUCUGGCCAGCAAAAACCGUGCCUUAGAGCCUCCACCAGCGAUGGGAUAUUGCGGGGCAAGAACUAUGGGGAACGAGGGCUAAAACGGGGGCGGAUCCUCUCCUCUUGGAGCCGUGCCUUUGUCAGCAUCCAGGAGGAGAUGGCCGAUGACCCCAUGACAUACAAGCCCCGACUUAUGGUGGUGGUGAAGAUGGACCCUUCCAUUCAACUGGGGCCCUUCAGGGCUGUGCUCAAAUAUCUGUACACAGGAGAGCUGGACGAGAACGAGAGGGACCUGAUGCAUAUUGCCCACAUUGCUGAGCUGCUAGAAGUCUUUGACCUCAGGAUGAUGGUGGCCAACAUCCUGAACAAUGAGGCAUUCAUGAACCAGGAGAUCACCAAAGCCUUCCACGUCAGGAGAACCAACCGGGUUAAGGAGUGUCUGGCCAAGGGGACUUUUUCUGAUGUCACCUUUAUGCUGGAUGAUGGUGCUAUCAGUGCCCACAAGCCCUUGCUAAUCUCCAGUUGUGACUGGAUGGCUGCUAUGUUUGGGGGUCCGUUUGUGGAGAGCUCAACCCAAGAGGUGGUUUUACCUUACACCAGCAAGAGUUGCAUGAGGGCAGUGCUGGAGUACCUGUACACGGGGCAGUUUUGUUCCACAUCAGACCUUGAUUACAUGAAGCUUAUCAUCCUUGCCAACCGCCUGUGUCUGCCACACCUAGUUGCACUGACAGAACAGUUCACGGUGUCUGGUCUGAUGGAAGCAACUCAGAUGUUAGUGGAUAUUGAUGGUGAUGUCCUUGUGUUCCUGGAGCUGGCUCAGUUCCAUGGUGCCUACCAGCUAGCCGACUGGUGCCUCCAUCAUAUCUGCACCAACUACAACAACAUCUGCCGCAAAUUUCCUCGAGAGAUGAAAGCAAUGUCAGCAGAGAACCAGGACUAUUUUGAGAAGCAUCGGUGGCCCCCCGUUUGGUAUCUGAAGGAGGAGGACCACUAUCAGAGGGCCAGGAAGGAGCGUGAGAAGGAAGACUACCUCCAUCAGAAACGGCAGCCUAAGAGGAGGUGGCUCUUCUGGAAUGCCUCCUCUCCUGCCCAGUCACCUUCCUCAUCAGCAGCCACAGCUUCAUCUUCAUCUUCCUCCUCCUCUUCUGCUGUGGUCUGAGAGAUGCACUGCCCCUACACACACACACACUCCUCUGUCUCUCUUGAGAGAAGGGGGCCUGCCACCCUGACCAACAUCUGGCUUGACAGGCUUAGAGAGGACACCAGCAGCUAAAACCCUCAGUGGAGAAAACAAGCAUGAAUGUCCCUGGGAGGUUAGCAAGAACCUGUGCAGGUGGAGCUCAGGGUCUGGAGCAUCCUACAUCUUCACCCAGAGCUCUCUCCAUAGGGUCCCAGUCCUUGCCUCAGCCAGUGUUGGCGCACAGCCGUUGGAGGUUGCCCGGGUGGAAUGGCAGGCGAGCCAGAUUUCUUUAGAAGGGGGCUCACUCAUCUAACAGGACACACCUCAUGUUUACAGGAAUGCAAGAGGUUUACUUUGAAAAUCUGCUACAAGGAAAAUGCAGCAGUUCUUCAUUGAUUUAAUGAGGGUUCCCGCACCUUUGCAAAAAAGAAAUAAUUGGGUGCCUCACACUGUCCACCCCUCUGCACCAUUUCAAGCUGCUGAAGACAGGCGCUGUGCCCCAGAAUUUUUUGGGGGGGCUUUUCAUGGCAAGGUGAUCAUUUUUCUGUUGCACGUCCACCCCUGGGGCCUAGCUCUAGGAUGUUUGCUAGCAGCAAGGCACAGAUCCUGGGAGCAUCAAAGAGCUGUGGACCCUCCGCAUGAGAGGCAGGCCCUGCUAGAGGAGGCAUAGGUCAACAGAUGCUUCAGUUCUGCACUGAGACUGAAUUGCAACAGGAAAAAAGUCCUAGAACACAGAACAUGCCUGCUGUGGCUGGAAAGAUGCUGUUUUCUUUCUUUCUCUCGUUGCUUGCACACUACAAGUUACCAGGUUGGCUAGCCCAAUGAGAGCAGGUUAAGAAAGUUGGCGAGGGAGUCUCUUCCAUCCUGGCCUGUGCUGGCCAUGUUUGGGAAUGUGCUGCUUCUGAAAGAAUUGGAAACUCCAGCAGUUGACACUGUUUUUAAUGAAGCAAACCAAUACACCAACUUGGAUUUUAGUGUGCAAGGUUGUGUUGUAAUAAAUGGUAUUUUGAAAAGAU